UUUGAAGGAUGACCUCAGCGCGUUGGCCCGAGGUAAACAACGAUGUUCGUGGCGGCCAUGGCUAGCGGCGCCUACUGCUGCUAUUAAUGAAACUAUUUCAAAUGGCCAAAGAUACGGUGGAGUUUAUGGAUUCAUGGCUCUGAUCAAGUCGGACACUGGUGUUCACACACUCCAUAUUAGAUUGUGAUCGCGUUCCUCCGCCAUGUCGUCGCGCGUGUUGAUGCGGCAGCAGCUGAUGCGAGAACAAGCGCAGGAGCAGGAGAGGCGGGAAGCCCAGCAGCAUGCUUCUGCCUCCCAGCUCCGGGCUUCCGACUCCACUCCAGCCAUCUCCGUCACGCUGCCUCCAAACGCUGCCCGGCCACCUCCAGCGCAGGUGCCUGUGGAGGUGCUAAAAGUGCAGACCCACUUGGAGAACCCCACCAAGUAUCACAUACAGCAAGCACAGAGGCAGCAGGUGAAGCAGUAUCUCUCUACCACGCUGAGUAACAACGGAGUUACUCAGAUGCUAGGUGUGUCACCUGUGCCACAGUGCCGUUCUGCCCCUGAGAUUGCCACCACUGCCAACAGUGUCCCCAACAGCCCAAUGGCCCUGCUUAACAUCGGCUCCAACAAGGAGGAAAUUGAAGAUGUCAUCGACGAUAUAAUUAGUCUGGAAUCCAGUUUUAAUGAUGACAUCAUUACGUUGAUUGACUCAGGCCUUCAGUUACCAAGCACGCUCCCAGGAAAUCUACUGGAUGUUUAUCACAGCCCUGGAAUGGCAGCACCCACCCUCACUGUUAGCAACUCCUGCCCUGCUGAUCUUCCGAAAAUUAAAAGAGAAAUCACAGGUAUAGUCAAAUAUUCUGUAAUUUUCUUCAAAACAUUGGGAAAAACCUUGUUUAAUAUACUUUUCAAGUCAUUACAGAACACACAAUUUUUCUUUUCAGAAGUUGACAGCAAAGCUUUUAUGAAGGAGAGACAGAAAAAAGACAACCACAACUUGAUUGAGAGGAGGCGAAGAUUUAAUAUUAACGACCGUAUAAAGGAGCUGGGUACUCUCAUACCAAAGUCGAGUGACCCUGAGACACGCUGGAAUAAAGGCACCAUUCUGAAGGCCUCUGUGGAUUACAUUCGGAAGUUACAGAAGGAGCAACAGCGAGCCAAGGACGUCGAACUGCGCCAGAAAAAACUGGAGCAUGCAAAUCACAGUUUAAUGUUGCGUAUCCAGGAACUGGAAAUUCAGGCACGCCUCCAUGGCUUCUCCUCUGCGAGCAGCAUCUCCUCUUCCGUUACCGGUCUGACCUCCAGUCCCGCCAUACUCCAGCAGCAACAGGUCCCACAGAACGGCCAGUGCUUACCCCACAGUGCAGAAGCAACAUCCGGGCAUAACCUCCUCAGUUUGGGUGCAUCAGCCAUUGGACACCCUUUGCCCAACUCCUUCCUGUCGCCGCCUUCUUCAGAGUCCCCCGCCGGAGUCACCAUCAGCAGCCCUUUGGACCUGGGCAGUCUGAGCUUUGCUGAGUUGGACGACACCUCUGCCUCAGCGCUCUACCCUGAUGUGGGCUUGGGAGACAUUCUUAUGGACGACGGGUGCACACUCCAUCCUGAGGCCAUAGCCGAGCCCCUGUUCUCUCCUUUGUCACCGGGUGCCUCCAGAAGCAGCAGGAGCAGUUUGGAUAUGGAUGAGGACUUAUGAUGAGCUCUGAGUGGCCCGAAGAGACUAAAUUAGAGCAUGCAGUCUGUCUUCGUGUUAGGUGAGUCUAGACCAGGGGCGGGAAAUUGGUUUCUCCAAGGGGCCACGUGAGAAACAGAAGCUAUUGUGAAAGGCUGAACUAAAUUAUGGUUAGUGUCAAUUCUGUCUCUUUAGACAAGCAGGCAAAAUGCAUUGUUUUGACAAGAUGCAACUGGUUAGAGUAAAUGCAAUGAUUAAGCAAUGGAAAAUAAACACAGCAAAUUUAAUCUAAACUUCACAAAGCAACUGUUAAAAAAUGCAGGCAUUUGAAAUGUAACAUUUUUGAAAGACCAGUAUUAAAUUAGCUUUAUAGAAAUUAGGGAUGUGCCGGUGAAUCGUUAUCGGCCAAUUUUCAAGAAAACGUACGUGAUCGGCCAAACGCCAAUACUCUCUAGCUGACAUGCGGAUAGCAGCUAAUUAUGUGUCUCCAAACACAAUGCGGAGACGCUCCCCAUAACUAAUAAUAAUUACCUCCCAUAGUAAAUAAGCUGCAUUUCUUAAUAUCUAAAGUAUUAUUAUCAAGCAUUAUUAUCCCCGGACGAGGCUAAACAUGUUACACACCAAAAUAAACCAGGGCAGGCAUGCAAAUAGCUAAGCUAAGCUAUCUUGAAACAACACAAAGAAAUAAAGGCUUAGUAAACUUUUAAGAAGUGAAGAUGGAACCAUUUUACAACAGAAAGUCCGUCGUUAUUAACAGGAAAUUAACAAGUAGAUUAAUAAGAGUCUAGAGACACAAUAAUAUAACAACAACUGUUUGUGUGUCAGCAUUGUCACAGUCUGUACACAACUUGCAUAUGAUUGGUACUAGAGUGAUCAUAUAGAUGUUUUCAUUUUCUUAAAAUCUUUUUUUUGUUUUUGUUCAUGUUUACAAACUCAGGGAAUAAUUUUUUGGACACAGGAAGACUUUGAGGGCAAACCCCAAAGGCUUUAAAUGAGGCGCAGUUAGCAGUUUUUGCUUUUGUUUAUUAUUUUGUUUUGUGUAGAAUAAAAUAGGGAACUAGUUUAAAUAUUGUGUUGAUAUUGUUAAACUGUCAAUAGCACUCACUAUAAAUAAAAUGAAGUAUGUACAAUUAAUACAUACGAUCUGCCGAGCUUACUCAUGGAUGAUUGGAAUCGGCAUCAUAAAACCUUGAUCGGAAUAUCUCUAAAACAAAUUGUUACAACCUUUUUGCUUGUACAAUAACUAUCAAGCCAUUGUUUUUGUUCAGUGAGAGAAAUCUAGUCUAUGCUGGGCCUGAACAAGUUCAUGGACGUCUGGCUGGUGGAUAUGAUAACAGUUUUUAGAGAGUUGAUAUAAUAUCGCAAAGCUAGUCUAGUAUGGCCCUUUAUAAAAAAAAAAGGAAAAUAACAUGACGAAAAACAUAUUCAAUCUAUUGCAGUCUUGAAACACAACCUGAACAGUUGGUGUAAAGCUUCAGUAAAUAAAUACAGUCAAACCUGACCGCACAUGGGAAACAACAAACGUGGCCGCUAUAGACCGGUGGCCACUAUACGCAGUCUGCCAUGAUGAACUCACACAUUGCGGCUUAUGGAAGGAAGCACAACUCAAGUAAUAUUUUAGUAAGAGUAUCCUAAUAAUAGUUAACAUUUAAAUAAUAACAACAAACUGAUCACUGAAUUCCACCUAGUGCGUUUGCUUCACAAGUGCAGAGCCUUCCACCGGCUCCGCUGUGUUGCGUGUCUACUGUGUCCCACCUCCUACGCUCUAAAGUUCAAAUACGCAAGGCUUCUAUUUUUACCGGAUGCCGCGGCAAAGCGGCAGAAAUUUUACAGAGCUGGGGUAGAGCGGGAACAGGAAGCGCAACACAACAAAGUACAUCUGGUUGAUUUUCAGAAUAAAACGCUGCAUGUUAACCAAUAGCUUGUUUUUUUCCUUACCGUGUUAAAAGUACAAAAAUGUUGGGAAAAAAGACAAAUACAAGAACUUAUUCUCCUUAUCUAGUUGGAUCUUCAGCCUGUUAGUUGUUGAAUUUGUCUCUUUGGACGCUCCACGCUAAAUUAGGGCCCUAAGCAAAGUUUUAUUUGGAGGCCUAAAGUUCUUUCCCCACAAUUUUAUUUAUGUGAAACAAUUGUUAUACUUUUUUAAAUCAAACUUGAAUUUAAUCUAAUGAAUGUUUUCUAUUAAAACAAAUUCAUUGGAAAAACAUUGUUAAAUAAUGUGCUGCUAACCAAUAUUAGAGGAGCUUUUAUUAUUGUUUACACUAAGAACAGCAAUCUUUAGAAGACAACUCGGGGGUGGCGAGGUCUCUACGACUUUCCGAGUAUCCGACCUCGGGUGGCGUUCCAGCUAAAACGUAUGACGAGGAACUCAGAACUUCUGAGUUCCCAGUACAAAUGGAACUUACCAUAAGACUUAGGCCAAUGGUCUCUAAACUAUGGCCCCAAUGUGGCCCCCGAGUCAAAAAGUUUGGGGAACCCUGAGUUAAGCUACAGUAUCAACAUCAUGCAUCAUCGCAGAAAAUUUUAUAUUAGUGACCGCUAAACAAAGUAGAAAAAAACUAUUCUGAGAUACAAAAAAGUGGCUGCUGGCCGCUAUAGAAAAGGUUUAUAACAAUACUUCUCUCAUGGAGGAACAGUUUUAUGGCUGCUUGCACAGGUUUGACUGUACUUUGCAGUCCAUCAUUUGUCAAAACAUGCAUUUUGUUUUCAGUUUCAGUUAACAUGGUCCAGUCAGGGAUAGGUAAUGUGUCAGAAGUGCCCCUGGGGUCCGUACUUUGCCCAGAUCUGGUCUAGAGAGUUGGUCAAAAAAACAUUUAAGGAAAAACUUCAAACAGUCAGAUUGAAACUAACCUUAAAUGUCAGCUAGGCUAACUUUUUUUUCAUGUUCUAUAAGAUGUAAAUGUUAUUGUUCCUUUUUGGAGCUGGUUGAAUGAUUAUGUGUGGGUUUAUAAAUGCAAUAGUAAGUAUAUAUAUAUAUAUAUAUAUAUAU